UGUUGGCAGUUACUCGUGUUCAUGCAGUCCAGGAUACACCGUCAGUAGUACAAACCGCAACAUGUGUGAUGACAUCGAUGAAUGUCAUGGUCAGACAGGAAGUCCAUGCCAGCAGAUUUGUAACAACAAUAACGGAGGAUACUCGUGCUCGUGUAACGCUGGCUACAUACUGAGUAGCACGGAUCACCAGAGAUGUAUAGACAUCGAUGAAUGCAACGACCAAGCAGGAAAUCCUUGUCAGCAGAAUUGUACAAACACUGUUGGCAGCUACUCGUGUUCAUGCAGUCCAGGAUACACCGUCAGUGGUACGAACUCUAGCACGUGUGAUGACAUAGAUGAAUGCAACGGUUCAUCAAUAAAUCCGUGUCAGCAGAAUUGUACAAACACUGUUGGCAACUACUCGUGUUCAUGUAGUGCAGGAUACACCGUCAGUGGUACGAACUCUAGCACGUGUGAUGACAUUGAUGAAUGCAGCGGUACUUCAAAUCCAUGCGAGGAUGUAUGUACAAACACAAUAGGAAGUUACACAUGCUCUUGUCAACGACCUGGAUAUAUAAUUGAUAAAACAAAUCCAACAAAAUGUAAAGCAAAUUACAUACCGUGUAACACAGAUGCCAGUGAAAAUACAGGUAUAAUAAUUAGCCCCAACUACCCGCAGAAAUACCCAGUCAGUUCUAAGUGUUUUUGGAAGAUACCUAUCAAACAACAUAUGGUUACCAUCAUCAGCAUUUUAGAUUUUCACCUAGAAACAUCAUCAGACUGUGGUUAUGAUUACCUUAAGAUUUACAAUGGUACUACUAUCAGAGAUCCACUGCUUUACACAUUUUGUGGUCAGUUUAAACCGGACCCUAUCAGUUCACCUAACAACCUGUAUUUGGUAUUCCGUUAUGAUGGCUCUGUGAGUUACAAGGGAUUUAAAUUAAUCUACACUUACGGUGAGUAAGGUUGAAUGACAACUUUG